AUGUCGACCUCCCAAAUGCACCAUCAUUCCUCUCCUUUGGUUGUUGCGCAGCCAAGAAGUCUCCGGCCCAUGAUGCUCCCUUCGCUUACAAUUUCACCCAUCUCAGAUCUGGAUGUUGAAGACUUCCCUGGUCAAUUUGCCCGACGAGGCUCCGAGGACAGCGGCGAUGACUCUGAAGCUGCUCGCGAGAAACAGCGUCUCGACACAGCCGCUCGUCGGGCCUCACAUAAUGCGGUUGAAAGACAACGCCGGGACAGACUGAAUGCGCGUAUCUUGGAACUCUCCACUCUCCUUCCUAACCUUGCUGGUGUCCGCCGUCCUUCCCGGAUAGCAAUCACCAAAUCAUCGAUCGCUUACAUUCACAACUCACGCAAACAGCGUAUUCUUGCCUCUCAACAACUGCGGAUGCUUCAUUCGGAGACUGAAGCUCUUCGUGCCGAGGUCAAUCAAUGGCGACAACGUGCUGGAGUUCCUCCAGCGGCCGAACCACGCCGCGGAGAUGGGUUCAUGUUGGUUCUCUCUGGCGCUGAGCUAGAGAUUGAGCCUGUUGAUACAUGCGAAGACGAAGAGUAUGACAAUGCCAUGCUCGGGUAUCCUCCAGUGCAAGGUCGCUCCAUGCCUUACCCGCCGAGCUAUAACUAUGGAGGCUCGCCACCCUCGUCAGCUGGUUUCCCCCCUUCGCCAUACUACCCCAGUCCACCGUCAUCCGCCAGUUUUGCUCCUUCACCGAGCUGCAAAUACGAUGUUAAUGCCCCUGUUGCCCUUGCCGAACCACGCAUCGCCUGCCCCACCCCCUCGAAUCCCUAUGAUUCGCCGCAAUAUAUGUUGCAGACCGAAGAGGAAUGGGCUGCGAUGUAUGGUGGCGCUCCUCGUGCUCCACAAGACGGCUCGUGGUAA